AAGACAACCACACACACAAAAAAAAAAGAGUGAGGCUGAGAGAGAGAGAUACACUAUCUAUUUCUCACACCUGCACACACCACACAUAAAAGAUUUAAGCAAAGUUUUAAAUUUCUUCAAAAUCAUUAGUUUUCUUUAAUUUUUAUAUUUUCUAAUUCCCCCUUCUGUAUCAUCCCACUUCUUUAAUCCCUUUCUGUUAACAAUCUGUCUUUCAAGAACAAUUCUUGGUUUUUAAGGUUUGUGUUUCUGAGGUUUUAUAAUUUGAAAAAUGCAAACUUAAGACAAAGAUAUUUUUUUAAAAAGCCAGGUGUUUUCAGAAUUGAGAUUUUCCGUAAAUUUGUAGAGUUCAGUCAUUCUUUUUUUUUCCCUUCAAAAAUCAGCUUAGAGGGCUUAUUAGUUGUCCCUCAAAGGUUGAUCUUUUUUUCUUAAUUACAGGAUUAAAAGAGGUUGUUAUUUGAAGAACUCUUUUUAAAUCCACCACUUUGUUCACAUUUUAUUUGUGAUCAAUCACCUGUUCUCUUUUAUUUGAUAAGAAACAGUUGAUCUUUUAAUUUCUUUAAUUAAUUAAAUUUGUGUUAUGGCAGCUACAAUGGAUUUUUGGACUAGUACACUUUUAGAUCUUAACUCAUCAAACUCUUUACAGGGUGGUGGUGAACUUAUGGAAGCACUUGCACCUUUUAUUAAAAGUGCUUCUAAUUCUCCUAUUAAUUCUCCUUCUAAUUCACCUUCUUCUUUUCCCUCUAAUGAUUUUCAAUCUUUUCCCCCUAUUUCUUCUUCUCCUUCUCCUUCUGCUUCAACUUCAUAUCCCUACUAUUCAUUUUCUUCCUUAACUCAGCCCGAUACGAGCUAUAAUGGUUGCUCCACUUUCAUAACGGUAGACCCUGCAUUUUCACAAGGGUUUUCAAGCUUGGAAGCGGAGCAACCGGGCUCAAUUGGGCUUAAUGACUUAACACAAGCCCAACUUCACCAACUCCAAGCCCAACUCUACCUCCAAAACAACCCCCAGGAACAACAACAAAUUAUGCCAGCUGGCACUUCUAAUCAUAACCAUUAUGCUUCUUUUCUGGGCCCCAAGCCCAUUUGCAUGAAGCAAACGGGUUCUGGGCCCGCAAAACCCCCAAAGCUCUACCGUGGCGUUAGACAACGCCAUUGGGGAAAAUGGGUGGCAGAGAUUCGAUUGCCAAAGAACAGGACCAGGCUUUGGCUUGGCACCUUUGACACCGCUGAGGAGGCCGCCUUGGCAUAUGACAAGGCGGCCUAUAAACUCAGAGGCGACUUCGCUCGCCUCAAUUUCCCCCACUUACGCCACAAUGGGUCGUUAAUUGGGGGAGAAUUCGGCGAGUACAAGCCGCUUCAUUCCUCAGUGGAUGCCAAGUUACAAGCCAUUUGUCAGGAUUUAGCACAAGGCAAGAAAAUCGACACUAAAAAAAAGCGUAAAGCGCCUUCUAACGUGGCGGUUGUGGUGGCAGAGAAAGAAAAAAUCAAGAAGAUUGAAAUCGGGUCGGAAAGUGAUGGACCCGGUUCCGGGUCGGGCGGGUCAUCCCCGAUUUCGGAGUUGACUUUUUCGGAGCUGGUUGACGAGGAUUCUAUUUGGGACAUGUGUUCGGAGAAUUUCAUGUUGGACAAGCAUCCAUCUCAUGAGAUUGAUUGGGCUUCAUUACCAUAAUUUAUUAUUAGUUAAAUUUAGGAAUUCGGAUUAUGUAAUCUUUGUAAUUUUUUGUUUAUAGAUUGUUAUUAUAGGAAUUACGGGACAGCCAUUGCAAUGAGUUUUUGGUAAUUGCAUGGUUAGUCCUUAGAAUUAUUGGAAAAAUCCAAGCUGACCAGCUGGUGUUUUUUGUCAAGGCUAGGCAGUGGGAUUUUUUUUUUUCUCUUUAUGUAGCAUUUUGCUUUGUAUAAUCAGUGUUCGUCUUUUCAGUAUUUGUGAAAUUUCAUAUUCUAUUUUACCGAGCAUAA